GCCAUCCGGUCACGUUCGGCGAGUGCCGGUACGACAAGGACAGGGACGCCGUCAAGCGGGCGUGGGCGGCAUACGCGAGGACGGCCAACUGCGACAGCCCAGAGACGUGGCAGGGGGGCAGCAUGUUUAUCGGCAAGGCAGACGGCGGCGCCUGCGUGGUCGUCGCGGAGAAUCGUGGGGACGGCCACUUCUGCGUGGAGUUCUCCCUGACGAGCACCGGCCUGCGGUAUUCGCGCGGGAGGUCUGCCACGUCCGACUGGCUGCGCCCGGGCUACGGGCAGAUCCUCCAGGUGGCUCAGCCCGUCGCCGAGAGCGACGGAUCUGCAAGCUGGCACCAGGACCACAAGUUUCACGUUGCCCGCCAGAUCCCGAAUGUGACGGCACACGUCCCGCCAGUUGGACCAGACGGCGCUUCGGAUUUGCACUCUCCGUUCCGACUAUGACGGUUGCGACUACCUGCGUGUCGGUUCUGGCCGCCACGACACGAGUGGCGGCGCACCCGCACGACAGGCAGGAGAUGAGUGUUAUGUGCCUUGCUCUAUUUUUUAUCCCCUCCUUCCGACCCCCCCCCAUCCCCGUCAUA